UUUCUUGCUGCAUUUGAGAGUCUCUCUUUAUGUUUAACCUUUGGCAUUUUAAUUAUGUGGUCCUCUUUGGGUCCAACUUGUUUGGGACUCUCUGUGCUUCCUGGACUUGUAUGUCUAUUUCUUUCACCAAAUUAGGGAAGUUUUCUUUCAUUAUUUUUUCAAAUAAGUUUUCAAUUUCUUGUUCUUCCUUUUCUCCUUCUGGCACCCCUAUGAUUUGGAAUUUGGCAUGUUUGGAGAUAUCGCAGAGGUUCCUAAGCCUCUCCUUAUUUUUUUAAGAUUUGUUUCUUCUUUUAGUUUUGGUUGAACUUUUAUCCAUCUUUAUGUUCCAAAUAUUUGAUUUGAAUCCCAGCUUCCUUCCCUUCUCUGUUGGUUUCCUGUGGAUUAUUCUUUAUUUCACAUAAUAUAUCCUUCAUUUCUUCCUUUAUUUUUUUGCCACACUCAAGGAGUUCUCUGAGCAUCCUGAUCACCAGUGUUUUGAACUCUGCAUCUGAUAGGUCAGCUAUCUCCAUUUUGCUUAGUUCUUUUUCUGGGUUUUGUUCUGUUCUUUCCUUUGGGCAACAUUUCUUUGUCUCCUCAAUUUAGCGACCUCCCUGUGUUUGUCUCUGUGUAUUAGGUAGGGCUGCUUUUGCUCCCUGUCUUAGUGGUGUGGCCUAUGUUGAAAGGCACCUGUAAAGUUGAUCCACCUGGCUUAUUCACAAAUGGGUUGUGAAUUCAUUCCUUUGCAGUUCGGGGGCCUUUUGUGGUUGGGAAGGAAUGCUCAAACUCUUUUGAAAGCUGAGAUAGGUGAUCAUGCACCAGCUGGGAGAAAGGAGGCCCUGGAUCAGUCUCUUUCAGAAUCUCUGCUAAUGUUUGGAACAUGUCAAAAAUCCCAGUGUUUACUUAUUGCUGCCAUGAUUCCAGUUUGUCUUUGAAUGCAGCCACUUUAUCUGCUGACUUGAACAGUUGUCAUUCUCCCCUGAAAUGACAGAUUGAGUUCGUUGAGCAGGUUGAAUAUGCCACACAAGUAAGCAAGUUUUGUGACCCAUUCUGUGCCACUGAAAUGUGCUGCCAGUGGUGACUGAUUUUCUAAAAGAAAUCUCUGGAGAGGCUCUCAUAACUCAAAAACCCUGGCCAGAGACCUGCCUUUGGAAAGCCAUCUCACUUCUGUGUGUAAAAGAAGACUUGUGUGCUCUGCGCUCAUCUCCUCCCAGAGCCACGUGAACAGACGGUGUUUGGUGUCCAUGUGGUGAAGCAGUUUUGAAGGUUUCAUGACUUUGUUGGCUUGCUGGUCGCCACACAUCAUACAACGCAGGGUUCCACGUCAUCCAGGGUGAGACUACUUAGCCUGCGGGAAACCCCAGCAGCCUCACUGCACCCAGGACUUUUCCCGCUGCUCUGCCUUCUCGGGCAAUUCUUUGCCAAGACUCUGUUUCUGAGAAAGAUAGUGGUGACCGUUGGCCGUGCACCUAGUGUUCCCACACGUCCACCAAGAUGUCAGCGAAAGCCAUAGAGAACGGGGAAGGAUUUGCCGCGGACGCCCUCCUGCAGGAUCCUCAGUUGGAUGAGGAGAAAGAAAGCUUGCAGCCAUCCUCCGCUGGUUCUACUCCUGGGGGGCCUCCGCAGGAGCCCCCGCCAGGGCCCGAUGGACCUGGCUCGGACUCCACAGACCCGCCUGGAAGCGGGAGAGGGAACUUCUCCCGCAAUGCAAAAAUGGCUGUGUUGGCUGCGACCGGAGGAGUGGUGGCCGUGGGCGCUGUGCCCGUCGUGCUGGGCGCCAUGGGCUUCACUGGGGCAGGAAUCGCAGCCUCCUCCAUAGCGGCUAAGAUGAUGUCAUCGGCCGCCAUCGCCAACGGGGGCGGGGUUGCCGCCGGUACCCUGGUGGCCACUCUGCAGUCCGUGGGGGCAGCUGGACUCUCCGCGUCAUCCAAUGUCCUUCUGGGCAUGACUGGGUCAUUUUUUGGAGCCUGGAUGGGGUAUUCCAAAAAGGCAGACCCUUCCUCUCCUCCAGGUGGACCCAGUGGAGGUGACUCUCAGGAUGGCAAACCCCCCAAAGACAAGCCCCCUGCCUCCCAAAACUGUUCCGAGAAGGACGAGAAAUGAAGACGAGAUGCCAUGAGUUCGCCUGGCGUCUGCACUGCGUUCUCAUGGACAGGGCAGGGCAAGCCAGCGGGAACUCGGCAGGAACAAGCACCGAUAGCCCCCAUGACUAGGAGCCACUGGUGUUCCCAGUCCAGCCACUCACUUGUGACCCUGAGAACGUCACGUCUCCCCUUUAAACCUCAGUUUACUGCUCUUCAAAUGGGGGCUUGAACCAAGUGUCUUCAAAGAUCUCAGCUGGGGCCAUUGAUCUGAUAGGAUGAUAGGAUGGCUCGGCUCUGGGGUCACUGUUUGAGCCCUUGACCCUCAGGUACUAAGCUGUUUAUCCUCAGGCAUCAGCGACCCCUCCAUUUCCCACCCCAGACUCAGGGUCUGGCUGCGUCAUGGCUCCAGAGCAGCGAGUUUCAACCUUUUCAUCUCACGGCACACAUAACUAAUUACUAAAAUUCUGCGGCACACCAAAAGAAGAAUUUUUUGCCAAUCUAAUAAAAAAAAAAUAAUUAGGUAUAAUUUUGAUUCACUCACACCAGAUGGCUAUUGUUUUGUUGGCUUGUCAUUUUUUUAUUUACCAGUCUGAGGGAAAAGAGGUCAGGGCCCCUGAGUAAGGAGUCAGGCAUUGCACGUUUUAAAAAUUAUUAUUAUUUUUUUUUUUAAGAUUUUAUCUGUUUAUUUUUAGACAGAUGGGAAAGGAGGGAGAAAAAUCAAUGUGUGGUUGCCUUUCGCACGCCCCCUACCAGGGACCUGGCCCACAACCCAGACAUGUGCCCUGACUGGGAAUCGAACCAACAACCUGUGGUUCACAGGCCGGCACUCAAUCCACUGAGCCACACCAGCCAGGGCACAUGUUUUAAAAAUUCUUAAGGGAGACUUGACUUGGGGUAGAGAACACACAAUACAAUAUACAGAUUAUGUAUUAUGUAAUUGUAUACCUGAAACCUAUAUAAUUACAAAUGUCGCCCCAAUAGAUUCACUUUAAAAUAAUUCUUGCAACACACUGGUUGAAAAUUGCUGCUCUAAAGUUCAGGGACAUUGUGUCUGCCUGGCCUGGUGGCCCCUGGGCCUCUCUGGGUAAGUGGAGACAUUACACUUUUGCAGGGAGCUCUGUCCUUGGUCUGGAGGCCGGGGCUGUCAGCCCCCAGAAGGGCCUGGCCGGCACCUGCAAGGACAGACACGACCCCCUCCCCUGGAGGGCUCCCAAGAGGUGGGCCAGCAGAGACCGCCUACUUCCCGAGGCCCACGGUGUGCCUGGCCCUGGCUCGUGUGUCGGGUGUUCUGUGUGCAGUGACCUGGCAUCAGCCACCUGCCUGCCACGCAGGUGACCCACGCCCCGCUUCUGGAAGGCCUUUUCCCCCUGAGGCUUGAGUCUCAGAUCUCAGCCUGCAGGCUCCAGGGCCUCAGCGCAGGUCCCAGCGCAGGU